AUGGCUUGUCCUGCUGGGUUACUACCUUGCCAAGGGGCCAAAAAUUCACACUGCUGCCUGUCAGAUUUGAAAAGUCAUAGUUACUCUCUCCGUCUUAUUCCAACUGGCAGUGUUGUUCCUUACCCUAUUGCCUAUAUGCUUACAAUAGGCCUGGGCAGCAGCAUGAGAGGCCAGCAGCUGGCGGGCGACGCAUCGUCUAACCAGCCGCCCAAGGGGCUUCUAUCCAUGCAGCAGAUGUGGGAUGCCGCAGCCAAAGACUUUGAGAGCAUCUGCGGAGAGUCCCUGCAAAAGGGCCACAAAGUCAAGAGCUUCGACGACGUGCAAGACAAGAUCAGAAACGCCAACCAGGGGUCGCCCCAAGAUGGCGACGAAGAGCAGAAUGCCAAGUGGGAAAAGGCAAAGAGCGUGGGCCUCGAGUCCCUGAAAUACCUCAAGAUGCUUGUUGGGGCUGCAUCCCAGGCGUCGUCGUUUAUACCGAUUCCAGAGGCGGCAGCCAACAUCACCGGCUCUGCCCUCUGCUUCGUCUUCGACAUCCCCGACAAGAUCAAGGGCUACAACGACGCCAUCGACCAAGUCUUUGGCGAAGUGUCCUCGUCUCUUUCCCAGUUUUACAUCUACAAGACGAUUAGCCAUGCCGACCCUCGGCUCAUCCAGCAGAUUCAUCUGGUCCUGGUCAACUUCGUCAAGGUAUGCGCCCAUGUCGUCAAGUAUCGCCAAGGCCGCAGACGGGACCGCAUCUUCCAGCAGAUCAAGUCCGUCUUCGACGACGACUCGGGCUUGGCCGCCCAGAUGACGGACUUUCGACGAGCUCUGCAGCAACAGCGCGAUGUUGAAGGGACUGUUACACUGGCAGCGGUCGUGGAGACGCGACAAGACAUUUCGCUGCUGCUUGAGCAGUCCAUCGUCUUUGGCAAGACGGCCCAGGAGACACACCAGGCAGUGCAGGAGACGCAGAAAGGAAUGCAAACCCUCAAGGACGAUCUCGAUCGCAUGAAGGCGCUCAUCAAGAUCCGCGACACUCUGGGUGUGCCGUCGACGGUCCGUCUCGACACAAACACCACGCAGACGUGCAACGACCUCAUAGACAAGUGCCGCAGCAAGACGGGGGCCUGGAUCUGGACGCACGAGGCAUACGCUGCCUGGACAUCAUCCAAAGACAGAAGCAAAGAUAAAGACAGGGACGCACAACGGCUGCUGCUCGUGACCGGCCCUCCAUCUUCGGGCAAGACCUGCGCCACUGCCCUCAUCACCAGGAGCCUAGAGGAGCAAAAGGGUCGCACAUACUCUGCGCAUUACUUCUUCCCGACCAGCACCAAGAAAGCAGACGACGAUAAGAACUCGAUUCAGUCGGCGCUCAAGUACAUGGCCUUUCAGAUCGCGCGCGUUGACGUCGCCGUGCAGAAGGCGCUGAACAAGGCGUGCGACGAAGAGCCUGCUGCUUUCCGCCGGUCAGCGAGCGUCGACAGCCUUGACAGCCUUUGGGAGAGCUUGAAGAUCGGGGCGUCCGGUUCAAACGCCACAUACUAUCUUGUCUUUGACGGCCUUGAGAACCUGCCCGAUCGGCAAGUCAAGAUGCUACUGGACUUCGUCUUGAGUGCUCGGAUGGCGAAGGACUCGGGAGACCGUGUGCGAAUCUUACUGAGCGGAACAGACGACCAGUUCGCAGGCUGGCAGGGAGCCAGGAGCGCUCUACGGAUUCAGAUGGAGAAGCACAACAAGCCAGACAUGUGCAUCAUCAUACAAGAGGCGCUCAACCAACGAGGCAUGCUGCAGAAUCCGAGGCCCAACUCGGACCAGGAGAGAGCUCGAGACAAGAUCCUUGAUAAGCUGCCUCAGAAUGUCGAAGGCAGCUACUCGCGGCUGCAGUUUGGCCUGGAAGACGUCAUUCGCCUCUUGAGCACCCGUACGGCCAUCCGGGAACUGGACCGGAUGCUGGACCAGUCGAUGAGCAGCCACGAGGCAGCCAUCAAGAGUCUGCAGCGAUCAUUGACGGCAGACGAAAUCAGUGAGCUGAAUGAGUUGCUGAAGUGGGUGUUGUUCAGCAACGAGCCCAUGACGCUGGAAAAGCUCGAAGGUGCCAUGUAUCUGUGCUCUGAGACAGAGUCGCUUGCGUCCAUGGGGUACAUCAUCAGAAACAAGUACUCGGCCGUCCUGAAGCUCGAUGAUGGAUAUGUGUUUGGUCAAGACGGCAUAAAAGAGUACUUGCGCAAAGACGUGAGUGUUUCUGGCCGGUCAGCGCAGUCCAAAGAUCGUGCCACCAUCAGCAUGACGAUUACCAUCAACAACGUGGACCAGGAGCUCUGCGGACAUUUCCUCUGGGACCUGGCACACAAGGCGAUCCGGGACAAGUUCAACUUCAACCUCGAUGACGAAGCCGCAAACGCCUUCCACGGCGGUAGCCGGGCCUCCAUUGCUGUAGACGAGUUUGAGGCGCAUCAUACUAUCGUGACGAGAGCAUUCGAGUACUUGAGCAAGCCACAUAGAGAGCAGACGGAGAGAAUCGGGCCGUACCUUGUCGGCUGGCUGCCGUAUCAUCUGAGCCGCCUCCGCCAGCUCGAAGACGACGAUCAAGGGGCGCUCAUGCCGAGCGAGCAGUUCGAGAUUGGUCAGAAUCUCUACAAGCUGUUCAGGGGCGGCGAGGCCUUUGAGCGUCACACAAAGAGUUUCCAGCGCAUGCUAUGGACGGUGGAUGAGAUGAUGGACGUGCAAAAGUGGUUGAUGGACUCGGCAGUCAUGCGGCGGCUCGAUAAGAGGUGGCGCGACGAGGUACAGCUGGCCUCAAGCCCGACAAGGGGCUACCUGAAGGAAUGGGUAAGAAUCGUUGUAUGCGGCCUCUUGAGGGAGAGGAGCUGGGAGGUCGAAGCCGCCUACGACUGGCUUGAGCAAUUCAUGAAGGCUGACGACAGAAGGCUCGAGAGCCACAAUGAGCCUUCUGAUGCCGGCUCGUCAGAUGGCAGCGAGGUGGACUGGAGCCGAGUAAGUGUCUGGUGCCAAGACUUCCUGGGCCUUGUCAACACAGACAUGGACUCGUUGUGGUAUGAGCGACUUGCCGAGGCAUCGGCCUCGCAAGACAGCGAGCCAGAGGUUACCAUAGCCCUUUACCAGCGCGCCAUCCAAGAGAAGGAUCCCAGCUGGCUGUGCCAUAAGGGGUUGGCUAUGGCAUAUCGUGACGACCAUGAGUACGAGGCGGCCAUUGCUCAGGUGGAACUUGCGCUGGAAGCCGCCAUUCGAGAAGAUGCUGCGCCAAAGCCGGAAGCAGCAGAUAUUGUUCGUCUGCAUCUGCUCCUGGGUCGGUACGCGCGUGACCAUCGUGACUAUAGGAAAGCGGACCAGCAUUACUCGAUCGCCUGCGAGAGCGACGAUGUGGCUCAAGCAAGAGAAGGGGAGCUGGGUCGGCUAAAGGCGAGGCUAUGCUUCUCGGACGCAGAAGAAGUGAGGCAAUGGCUCAAAGGCGUGCUAGCUUCAGAGAAGGGAAAGGACAACAUGGCCGCGAAUCUCGAGACGAUUGCUCGAGACCUGUCGCAUCGCAACCUUGUUCCAGUGCUGUUCACUUUGACUAAAGAGGAUCCAAAUCUGCUCAAAGCCAUCGUGGCCGCCAUGAGGCAAGCUACCGACAACCUCAUGUCGAGCACUGCAAGGGCAUCACAAGAGGGCGAGCGUUAUGCUCAAGAUGAGGCCCGCGGCGUGCUCCUCUUCCAUCGAGGCUUUGCGGCAUACAUGUAUGGAGUCACGUCCGGAGGUGCCGAGCCUGUCAACGAGGCUCUGCGGCUGUGGACGGAGGCACGCGACGUGCUUGCCCUCGUCGGCGGGAGCAAUGCGCUGAUGACACGCCAACUUGCUACCGAGGCGCUGGCGAACCACUACUUUCAGAUCAUCAUGGACGGCUUGCAGCAGCUGGACCAUGGCGAUGCCCUCACCAAGCUGACCGAGCUUGCCGACUCCGACCCCGACAGCAACUUCUACCAGAGCGACGCUAUCGGCUUUUUGGGAGUCGUUUCCGUGCUGCGCGGCAACAGAGAAGCUGCCAGAUCUCGGCUGCGACCGAGGAUGAAGCAAGGACUGCAGAUUCUCUCCGAUGACAUACUCGACAAUGACACGUCCGGGCUCGCCCUUGUGCAGAAGACGCUGGAGCAUGAUCUAGACUACAAGAAUGCGGCUGUAGCCCUGUCUCUGCGAGGACAGCCAGAUCUUGUGAUGGAAGCGCUGUGCUUUGAAGCUGGCGAUAUCACGGAAGUCGACGGCGAGAGCAAACAGCGAGUGUUGGGCCUGGUCUCUGCGCUGGCUGAACAGGUCGUCCGUCACGCCAAAGCUCAGGCCCCGGACUCUGAGCAGCUGAUAGAGCGCAUCGACACUGCCAAGGAGUAUAUCGAGGCUCUUGUGAAUGCUGCGGAAGCAGAAACGAAGACGAUCGAAGUUGGAGCCGAUGCCAAUGGCGAAGUAAUAGCACCAGCUUGGGUCAAUCUGCUAGCCGAGACAGAGUGCUAA